CAUUUUCUCCCACGCUCAUUGCUCGGUGAUCUACACAGCAGAUACAUACCUAGUAUAAGUAAUAUUGUCGAUCGAUCCUCGUCAUGGCCGCUGCCACGGAGCAAAACCCCAAGCGUCUCUUCCUCGUCAGCAUUCCACGCACUGCCUCCAAUCUCUUUGUCAAGGUGAUCAACAUCCUGAACCAGCCCAAUGUAUUCACCAACGAAAAAGCCGGCUACUUUUUCUACCCGGCCCUCGUGUCGGCCAGCGCCAAGAACUUCUUCAACACCCCUCUGGACAAGUGGACCGAUGAGAUGAAGACCGAGAUGCGCCAACUCUACCAGCAAUGCUUUGACAAUCUCGAGGCCGCCAGCGCCGAGGCCCGGGACAAGGGCAAGCUCAUGUUCACCAAGGAGCACGCCUUCUGGUUUGUCAACCCAGCCUUCAUGCUGGAGGUCCUCCCCGACCCGUCGGCCAACGGUAGUGGUGAAGUCACCGCCCGCUCCCAUCAAGAGAGCUUCCGCCUCACCAUGCCCGAGGCAUACGGCCCUAGCGAGACCUUUUCCCCGCUCAACAAGACGCUGCUCUCAGACGAGUACCUGCGCACGUGGCAGUUUGCCUUUCUCAUCCGGCACCCGGCGCUCGCGUGGCCAUCCAUGUACCGCGCCAUGAUGAACCUCUCCAGCAAGCUCCACAUGAUGGACGAAGACGGCAUCAAGGGCGCCAUGCUGUCCAACAUGACGUGGAAGUGGACGCGCUACCUCUUUGACUGGUGUCGCGAGCAGUCCGGGGGGUCGACGGUGCCCCUGGUCUUGGAUGCCCACGACGUGAUCCACAACCAGGAAGUUGUCCUGCAGUUCUGUGACCGGGCAGGGCUGGAUAGGAGCGCGGUCCAGUUUGAGUGGGAUGAUGGGAAGCAAGGUGUCCCUUCCGGGUGGACGGCUGGUAAACAGAAUGGGGAGAGUGGUGGACCGGAUGGCGCGCCGGACGUUAGCAAGGAGGCGGCCAAGAUCAUGACGUCGACGCUGGUGGCGAGCAAGGGCAUCAUCAAGGACAAGGCGCCGGCGGCCGUUGACAUCGAUGCUGAGGUGGAGAAGUGGAAGGCUGAGUUUGGGCCUGAGGCGGCUGGGCUUAUCGAGAAGACGGUCCGCGAUGCUAUGCCGGAUUAUGAGUAUCUGCGUGAAUUUAGAUUGAAGGUGUGAUACUAGUAUUGUCGACCUC